AACCCCCGUAUUUGGAGUGUGUAACCCAGCGAGUGUUCAGUAGGGAACAUGCAGAACCUCGGCGGGAGUUGAGGGUCUGGAGUUGUGUCUGCUGGAGCAGCGAGCUCCUGAAGGCUGGAGACCCCGUCCGUCUGUUCAGUCCGGGAGUAAUGCAGGACUUCUGGGGUGACGUUGUGAGGAACACUAAAGGACCAUCCAUUUUCCUGAGUAACGAUCAUGAAGCCGUGGUGGAUUUGGGAAAGACCAGCUCCAACAUUCACACCAACUUUGAGAAGGAGGAGCUUGAAAGUCACAGGGCGGUGUAUGUGGGGGUACACGUCCCUCUGGGGCGUCAGAGCAGACGCAGACACCGUCACCGUGGACACCGUCAUCACCGUAAACGCAGAGAGAGAGAGAGGGAGGACGGCCGAGAGUCCCCGACUUACGAUACGCCGUCUCAGAGAGUGCAGUUCAUCCUGGGCACUGAGGACGACGAUGAAGAGCACAUUCCUCAUGAUCUGUUCACCGAGCUGGACGAGCUGUCCUUCCUGGAUGGACAGAUGUGCGAAUGGAAAGAAACGGCCAGGUGGCUGAAGUUUGAGGAGGAUGUGGAGGACGGUGGGGAGAGGUGGAGUAAACCGUAUGUGGCCACCCUGUCGCUGCACAGCCUGUUUGAGCUCCGGAGCUGCAUCAUGAACGGCACCGUCAUGCUGGACAUGCGGGCUAACACCAUCGAAGAGAUCGCAGAUAUGAUCAUAGACAGCAUGGUGGCGAACACUCAGCUGGACGAGUCUCUUAUGGAGAAGGUCCGGGAGGCCAUGCUGAAGCGUCAUCACCACCAGAACGAGAAGAAGCUCAGCAACCGAAUCCCCCUCGUCCGCUCCAUCGCUGAUAUAGGCAAGAAACAUUCCGACCCCCACCUGCUGGAGAGGAACGGGGAGGGGCUCUCCGCCUCCCGUUUGUCUCUCCUGAGGCGUAACUCCUCCCUCUGUGCCUCCACCCCUCCGGACUCGCGACGAGAGUCCCGAGUGUCCCGCAGUUCCCGUGGCUCCUUAGGCCUCUGUCUCCCGCAGCGAAGCCCCGCCCCCUCCCCGAAUGCCACGCCCCAGAACACCCCGCCCCCCUCUCGCCAAUCCUCGCCUCCUCCUCGACCGGCUGGCCCGUCCCCGCAGUGUCCCGAGCUACUGGUGUCCCGAGGCGAGCGGGACGACAUCCCGGAGGUCGUGGUGUUCCCGCCUGAGGACGAGGAGCCAAGCCUACCUGAAAGCUCCAACCCGGACGAGGGGGCGGGGUUUGGCCACACCCACAAGUCCCUGUUUCUGGCCCCGCCUUCAGAAGGGUUGCUGGCCUCGCCCCAGUCGGCCCCGGGGAACCUGGAGAACAGUAAACCCAGCGAGAGCCGGAUCAGCUCGGGGCCCGGCGGGAGCCGAGAGAACAGCACUGUGGAUUUCAGCAGGGUGGAUAUGAACUUCAUGAAGAAGAUUCCUCCUGGAGCUGAGGCGUCCAAUGUUCUGGUUGGAGAGGUGGACUUUUUGGACCGUCCAAUCAUAGCAUUCGUCAGAUUGUCCCCAGCUGUUCUCCUCACCGGCCUCACCGAAGUGCCUGUACCCACCAGGUUUCUGUUUCUGCUGCUCGGGCCGUUUGGGAAAGGCCCUCAGUAUCACGAGAUCGGACGAUCCAUUGCCACGCUGAUGACUGACGAGAUCUUCCAUGAUGUAGCGUAUAAAGCUAAAGACCGAAAUGACCUGCUGUCGGGGAUUGACGAGUUUUUGGACCAGGUGACGGUUCUGCCCCCGGGGGAGUGGGACCCCACCAUUCGCAUCGAACCACCCAAGAAUGUCCCGUCACAGGAGAAGAGGAAGUUACCCCCGGUUCCGAAUGGCUCCGCCCCCCCAUCAGACAGCAUUAAAGAGGAGGAGCAUCAUACAGGACCUGAACUACAGAGGACGGGACGGAUAUUCGGUGGGCUGGUGAUGGAUAUCCGGCGUAAAGCACCGUUUUAUUGGAGUGAUGUUCGGGAUGCUCUCAGUCUGCAGUGUUUGGCCUCCAUCCUGUUCCUGUACUGCGCCUGCAUGUCCCCCGUCAUCACCUUCGGGGGACUUCUGGGGGACAUCACCAAAAAUAACAUAAGUGCUAUAGAGUCUCUGUUUGGAGCGUCUCUGACCGGGGUGGCGUACUCUCUGUUUGCUGGUCAGCCGCUCACCAUCCUGGGCAGCACUGGUCCGGUUCUGGUCUUUGAGAAGAUCCUGUUCAUGUUCUGCAGAGACUACGAUCUAGCCUACCUCCCGCUCCGCACCAGUAUCGGCCUGUGGACGGCGUUCCUGUGUGUGGUCCUGGUUGCCACGGACGCCAGUUCCCUAGUGUGUUACAUCACGCGCUUCACAGAGGAAGCCUUCGCCGCUUUGAUCUGCAUCAUCUUCAUCUACGAGGCUCUGGAGAAGCUCUUCCACCUGGGCGAGAUGUUCCCCAUCAACAUGCACAACCGGCUGGACAACCUCACCUUCUACACGUGUCAGUGUUCUCCACCUGCCAACGUCACACCUGAGCUCAUCUUCAGGUGGAACCAGACCGGUGUCGCUGCGGACUCUAUAGACUGGAGGCAGCUCAACGUAACUAUGUGCCAUAAGCUGCAGGGGGUGUUUGAGGGUCCGGCGUGUGGGCAGGACGGUCCGUAUAUCCCGGACGUUCUGUUCUGGUCUGUGAUUCUCUUCUUCACCACCUUCUUCCUCUCCUCCUUCCUCAAGCAGUUCAAGACCAAACGCUACUUCCCCACCAGGGUUCGCUCGGCCAUCAGUGACUUCGCCGUGUUCCUCACUAUAAUGAUCAUGGUGGUGGUGGACUACCUGGUGGGGAUCCCCUCCCCCAAACUCAACGUCCCCGACGCCUUCGAGCCCACCACUAAAGGGCGGGGCUGGCUGAUGUCUCCGCUGGGCAGUAACCCCACCUGGACGCUGUUCGCCGCGGCGAUUCCCGCUCUGCUCUGUACCAUCCUCAUCUUCAUGGACCAGCAGAUCACCGCCGUCAUCAUCAACCGCAAAGAGCACAAACUCAAGAAAGGCUGUGGGUAUCACCUGGACCUGCUGGUGGUGGCGGUGAUGCUGGGCGUGUGCUCGGUGAUGGGGUUGCCGUGGUUCGUCGCGGCGACCGUCCUCUCCAUCUCCCACGUAAACAGUCUGAAGGUGGAGUCGGAAUGCUCCGCCCCCGGAGAACAGCCCAAAUUCCUCGGUAUCCGGGAGCAACGAGUCACCGGACUCAUGAUCUUCGUCCUCAUGGGCCUGUCCGUCUUCAUGACCUCCGUCCUGAAGUUUAUCCCGAUGCCUGUUCUGUACGGAGUGUUCCUCUAUAUGGGCGUGUCCUCUCUCAGAGGCAUCCAGUUCUUUGACCGGAUAAAGCUGUUCGGGAUGCCGGCUAAACACCAGCCGGAUCUGAUCUACCUGCGCUACGUCCCGCUGUGGAAAGUUCACGUUUUCACCAUCGUCCAGCUCACCUGCCUCGUCCUGCUGUGGGUCAUCAAGGUUUCUGCUGCUGCUGUCGUCUUCCCCAUGAUGGUUCUAGCUCUGGUUUUCGUGAGGAAGCUUCUGGAUUUCUGUUUUAUGAAGCGAGAGCUGAGCUGGCUGGAUGAUCUGAUGCCUGAGAGCAAGAAGAAGAAAGAGGACGACAAGAAGAAGAAAGAGAAAGAAGAGGCCGAGCGGAUGCUGCACGCUGAGCAGAGUCUGGAGUAUGAUGGAGAAAAUCUCCUGAGUAUCAAAUCUCUCAAAGACAGUUGUGACCCGUCUGUGGUUAAUAUAAGUGAUGAAAUGGCCAAAACCUCAGUGUGGAAAUCUGUAUCCAAAAAACCAGACUGUUCCAAAACCCUGAAACCCAACGCCAGUGUUAAGAUCAGGGUGGAGGGGGAGGAUGGAGAGAAGUGUAUGGAUACGGAGACGUCGUUAUGAUAGUGGGAUGGAGAGAGCGCCCCCUGGUGGACCGGAGGACCUGCAGACUGCGUUCACACCUGCUCCACUUUCACUUUUAUUAUAAUCCACUUCAGUUCUUAUUGUUUUAGCAGAGGGGGAGAGUUCAGGUCUACGGAAUAAAAGUCCUCCCUGCGGAUCCGGUUUUAAAGAGGACUUUUAUUGUGUGAGCUGGAGCUCUGCCCGGUUUAUUUUAGCAGCGCUCUGUUCACACUGUGGUUAUAUUUAUUUUGAUCUGAAUUUUUUGUUUCUUUCUGCUGAUGUUUGUUACGGUACGGAUUCCGCAGAGCCGAGUAUUUCACAAAUUAAAUAAACACAGAGAGGCUCCGCCUCCUUCACAACCAGUGUCAAAACAAAUACAACUAUAAAUAGUUUGUUUUUUAUUAUUCUUAUUAUUCUUAUGGUUAUUAUUUAUUAAUUUUUUUAAAUGUGUUUUAAACUCUAGGCUGACUGUAAUUGUGAAGCGAAUUCUAAUAGGAAACAGUGUAAAAGCGGUUUAUUUCAUUGUGAAAAAUCCAGUUUACUCUUUUCUCCUGUGAUCUUGUAUUUAGUGUUUAAGGCUGAUUUACGUUUCUGCGUCAAAACUGUGCCAAAUCAAUGCCGUAGCUGUAUAUAUACCCAACAUCCGACACCAUAGCUGUAUAUACCCAACGCCGUAGCUACGUACCAAGCACCAUAACUCUUCACCAAACACCAUAGCUGUAUAUACCCAACACAAUAGCUACGUACCAAACACCAUGACUGUUCACCCAACACCAUAGCUGUAUAUACCCAACACCAUAGCUACGCACCAAACAUCAUGACUCUUCACCCAAUGUCGUAACUGUAUAUACCCAACGCCAUAGCUGUGCAUGUACCAAACAACGUUGCUGUGCACCCAACGCCGUAGCUUUACACUCAACACAUAACUGCGCCUCCUGCAUCGUAGCUGUUUACCCAACACUGUAGAUCCUUAACCUAUUCUGUAGUUGUGCACUUAAAGCCAUAGCUGUGCACCCAAACCUUUGGGUAUUUGUGUAGCCAGCAACGUAACUGUGUUCCCAACACCCAACCCAAUGCCGUAGCUUCACACCCAAUGUAGGAGCUGUGCACCACGUGUAAUAGCUGCAUACCCAACAGCGCAGCUACGUACCUAACACUGUAGCUGUGCACCCAACACAAUAUUGUAGCUGUGCACCCAACUCUGUAGCCUGUACAUAUUCUACACGUAUUCUUCACUGUAGCCGCACACCCUACACUGUAGCUUCUAUCCUACACAGUAUCUCACGCAUACCCAGAAACGUAGCAAUGCAUCAGGACAUCGCAGACUGCAGCAGCUGUGAUUGGUCCACUUAACACCCUAAUCCCGCCUUCGCACUUCUGAUAUUAAUUACCGGUUUAAAUGCUACUGUGUACACUUUGACUCGACGCAGGAAUAUAAACCAGCCUUAAAACCCUCAGCUGAGACGUGUUCGGGCUUUAGCUAGGCUACGCUAAUGCUAACGCUAACGCUACAGUAGAGUCAGUAAUCACUCGAACUGCACCCGAUCCCUGUUUAUGAAGGUGAUGCUGAGCUGUGGGCGUGGUUUAGAGGGCAGUUUGACUCUAAACUUUCCCUGAUCUUCAAAAUGUGUAUCUGGAACUUGAGUUUUUAUAUUUUAUUAGAAUCUGAUAGAGUGGACCAAUAGAAAUGAAUUGUCCUUCUCCUGUAAAAGUUGCAGAUUUAUGAGAUAAAGUUAGGCUGUUUUAUGUAUUUAGGUGUCGUUAUUGGUAUUAUUGGUACACAAUCUGGUUUUAUUCGUAGAAGACCAGCCUUUUAUCUCUUUUUGUACAUAGAGACACCAAAAUACUGUAAACUGAGGUCAGAUUUACAUUUUUAAAAACAUAAAUUCAAUCUCUGAUAAAAUGCCCAUUAACAGUUUGUAGCAGUUGGCUCAGUAAUAAUUCACUAAAUAGUAAAUGGUUAGGAUGCUGCACCUGCGCAGAUCUCCACAUCAGGGCUUCUCCACUGUGCAACCAGUAAACUGAUUGGUCCUUUUCUGUUGAAGGGCAUUAAUAAUUCAUAUGUAAUAUUUCAUCUGUUUUGUGUAUUGGUCACACUCUCUUGGUGAUGCAAUAUUAAUCACAUUUUUUAUGGGUUAAAAUUCAAUAUAUUGGAUAAAUAACACACACUAUCAUAUUUUAUAAGAUCGCAUAAACCGUUAACUUUUUAUCCAAUCAGAAAAGAGAGAUAUAAAGAGAUAUAAAGAGAGUACAACCCUGCUCUGAUCAAGUGGGCGGGGUUUAAACACAACACUAAAUGAACCACUUCUGACACCAAUCUUUACUAAGCUGAACUAAAAAAAUAAAAUAAAUUCUGUGAGUUUUGACAAUUAAUACAGAAUUUAAAAUAUAAACAUUGUAAUAGUUUGAAAUUUCGAUGUUUGUUAAUAGUGUCUCUGGCCACACCCACAAGUCUGCACCACCUUAAUAAACACUAGAAUCAGAAGAUGGUUUAGUCGUUUAGCUUCAGUGCUAAAGAUGCGAGUCAUGUUUUGUCUGGUUAUUUUAGUUAAUUUCAGUAAAAACUGUGCCUUCAGUCCUUUAAUGCUGUUGAUUUUUUUAGUUUUUUGAGGGAAAAAUGCCAAAAUUUGUACUUUUGAGGCUUCAUUUUCAUUUUACUAUCUGUUUAUCAGGUCAGUGCCACAAAGAAAAGCCACAGGAACCAGUUAAAUCCAGUUAAUUCCAGUUAAAUCUGCAGUGCCGUUGGACAGACACAUAUAUAACUUCUGGUUUAUUGACUGUUGAUGAUUUUCUGUAAUGUGUUGCACUUUAGGUACUUAAAACAAAACACGUUAGACCCUGAACGCUGUACUAUAACACCGUAAAUACCACGGUAUUUAAUCAAUCCACUUAGAACAGCGGUCAGCAACCCAACACCUGGACAUCCACCUACCUGUAGUGCAUAGGGGGCGCUCUAUAAUGCUCUAUAAUGCUUAUAUGAUCCACAACACGCUCAUUCUGACAGACUUAAAUAGUACACAAAGUGUAGGGGGGUGCUCUAUAAUGCGCUAUAAUGCUCUGUAAUCUUUAUUCUAUAAUGUGUGUGGAUCAUAUAAACAUUAUAGAGCGUCCCCUACGCUUCCUGUAGUGUAUUACAGUCUGUCAGAAUGAGCGUGUUGUGGAUCAUAUGAACAUUAUAGAGCAUUAUAGAGCACCCCCUACACUUCCUGUAGUGUAUUACAGUCUGUCAGAAUGAGCGUGUGGAUCAUAUGAACAUUAUAGAGCAUUAUAGAGCACCCCCUACACUUCCUGUAGUGUAUUACAGUCUGUCAGAAUGAGCGUGUUGUAGAUCAUAUGAACAUUAUAGAGCAUUAUAGAGCACCCCCUACACUUCCUGUAGUGUAUUACAGUCUGUCAGAAUGAGCGUGUUGUAGAUCAUAUGAACAUUAUAGAGCAUUAUAGAGCGCCCCCUACGCUUCCUGUAGUGUAUUACAGUCUGUCAGAAUGAGCGUGUUGUGGAUCAUAUGAACAUUAUAGAGCAUUAUAGAGCACCCCCUACACUUCCUGUAGUGUAUUACAGUCUGUCAGAAUGAGCGUGUUGUGGAUCAUAUGAACAUUAUAGAGCAUUAUAGAGCGCCCCCUACGCUUCAGGCUGGAUGUCUGGGGGAUUGUGGGAUAUCGCUGACCGCUGGUUUAGUAUCUCAGGAACAGGUCUUUCUUCUUUACGCCAAACAAGCCUUUCUUCAGUCUGCAGCUUUACUCUGUACAUGAAUGUCUUUUUUAAAUGCUGAAAUUAACGGUAAUAAAAUGGGUUUUUGUGCCUGAUAUUUAUAUAAAACCCCGGAUAUGAUCAGCUUCUUAGUUUCUACUUUUAUUAUCUGUAGUUUUGUAAAGUUAGAGAUGUACAGUCAGCCUUUUUUCAACUAAUAAAUUAAAUUAUUGUGUAGAGAUGAGUCUGUAUUUAACGGUUAGGAGAGAGAGGAAUAGUCGCUGUGAAGGAUAUUAUUAUUAUUAUUAUUAAUAUGAUUAAUUUUAUGUUUUUCGGCCUCGUCUGAGGGUCCUGUAGGUCGUAGCGUCUCUUCCCGCGAGGACUCGGAACAAGUAUUGCUGUCGUCGUGUUUAAAGUGCUGUAUAUCCUCACCUGCCGGGCCUGGGGCGGUCCCAGCGCUCUGAUUGGAUGAGUCUAAUUGAUUAAGUAAUUAAUUGAAUGAUUAAUUAAUUGAUUGGUUAAUUGGACUGAUCAGAUCAGCUUCACUUUAGACACAGUGGACAUGUAUUAAUAUUAAUAUUAUUAAUGUUUAGACAGAGGAAAUUGUGGAGAAACUAUUUUUUGUAAUUUUUGUGUCAAAAAGCAAUAAAGAGAAAUAUAUUCAGCACAAAAA